ACAGGUGAACUUCCGUUUCCUUCACGACUCAGCCAACAUGGCGACGCAGGGAGAGCAAAACAACUACUUUGUAAGAGAAAUUGAGAAAAACGACGGUUCUGUCUUGACAGUGAGUCAAUGUUACAUGGGGGACGUGGGCUGCGUGGUGUGGGAUGCAGCCAUCGUUCUUGCAAAAUAUUUAGAGACAAAAGAAUUUUACGAUCCGUCCUCGGGAGUGAAUUUAUGGGCUGGCCGAAGAGUGGUGGAGUUAGGAGCUGGAACCGGGGUCGUUGGUUUGAUGGCAGCAACACUGGGCGCUUAUGUUAGUGUGACAGACUUGGAGGAUCUACAGACCCUACUGAAAGUGAACAUUCAAGACAACCAGACUCUCAUCACUAGUGGAUCCAUAACUGCCAAGGUACUGGAAUGGGGCAAAGAUGUAUCUGGUUUCCUUCCACCUCCAAACUAUGUCCUUAUGGCAGAUUGUAUUUAUUAUGAGCAGUCGAUUACUCCACUGGUGGAGACCUUGAAGCUUCUCAGUGGACCAGAGACUUGCAUUAUUUGUUGCUACGAGCAACGCACCGAGGGCAUCAACCCAAAAGUGGAGGAGCAGUAUUUUGAGUUGCUGCACCAAAGCUUCAACUGUGAAGAAAUUCCAUUGAGCAAACAAGACGGAGAGUUUAGUAGUCCAGACAUCCGCAUCCUGCAUGCGAGGAAAAAAAGUCUGAGAUUGUAAGAUGACAUUUGUGUAAACCGAAGACGUUUCACUGUCCGAGUACACCGUGUACUGGUUGCCAUUCCAUCUCAGGGCACUCGCGAGACAGACAACUGUUCGCGCUCACAUUCAGUUCAGUGCAGACAGCUGGACAAGUCUUCAAUGACCGUAACGUGCAUUUUUUUGGCAUGCGGGAUGCUAAGCACUAUAUCAGUGUGCUGCCCUAAAUAGCAAAUUAUUCACACACAAAAAGCAACUAUUUUGGGAUCCUGUGUUUAUGUGACAUUUAACUUGCAGUUGAUUUAACAAUUCUCUUUAACGGUCUACCAUGAAUCCAUGUGUGAAGCAUUGCUGAGUUGUAACACUAGGGGGCAAUAGUUGCCAUCAAAAAAGGUGUUGAAUCUGCAAUAAAGCUGCAAUUUCCUUACGAAUCGGAGGUUGGUGGUCAUUUGUUCCCCUUUGUUUCAUUUGAAUCAGUAACGUGACUGCACAGGCUACAGUCACAGAAGUCCUCAACCGUUUUCCUGACUCAAAUAUGAACUCAAUAUCGUCUAUUUCUAUAAGCUUCAAGUCCGUGCUAAUACCAACUCUCAGGCCACUCACGCUUCUGCCAUUCUUUUCUUUUUUUCUCCAUUGCAAGCAAGGGGAAUUCCAUCUGACCGUCCCAGAUGAGGCGCAAGAUUAUGGCUGUUUUACAAGCAUCAACUGUGAGGAAGUGGAAGGCGUUGGAAAUGCCAGGAGGACUCAUCUCUACAAAUGUUGCUUACAGGCCCGGGGGCCCCGGCUGGAGGUGUUGCCGACAAAGCAGCAAGAAUCAUACAGUUGUAAUGAAGUGGUGCAAACCAAAGUGCCAUCGGUAGCUAAUGGAGGCCUGUACCAGACUCUCACUGAGAUUCACUGCGAAGCACGAGGGGCUGUUCAUACAACACUCUCUUCAAUCAAAAACGGAGCAUUUUCAACUCAACAGCUUUUAACUGAAAACCGAUUUUUUGGGGGAGCUUGAAAAUGCAAAAUUUUCGGCCUCAAACUCGAAGUCUGAAAAAAGUACACUGAUUCUAAAUGCUGAAAAUGGUUGUUUGUGAAAAUCUAGAACAUGUAAAUGCAUGUUAAGUGUAGGCACAACCAAAAUAAGAAUGGUGCGCCACAUUGCUUUUGUUGUGAUCAUGCUCAUAAUGCACACACACGCAGGCACACACACC